CAGCCGGUCCUGGCCAAAAACGCUGUCCGAGGACCGCCGAGAGGAACGUGACUCUGUUCGCGGGGAAGCCAGUCGCGAAUUCGUCCAUGUGCCAUUUCAGACGGACCUGAGUGACCCAUCGCCCACAUCUACACCUUGUCGCUCGGCCUCAAGUUCGAAACUGUUGCUUUGCCGUUCGGAGAUUACGGCCCUGCUGUUGUUUUUCGACUCGCGUGGUUGGUGACUUUUCGUUCGCGAGCCCGACGCGACGUCCUUUUUCUCGAGCGAAGGCAGCGCCACGGGACCAUUUGUGAGAGGAGUAACACACGGCCCAAAGUCACUCAGUGGUCAGCCAUGAACAACGACAUCAAGAUGGAGAAGACUGCCGCGACCACACCGGCUGACAUGCUGUCGCUCAAUGGCAAGACGGGACUGCGCAAGCGGGACCUGGAUCUCAUAGACGCCAUGGACCUCAUCAAGCAGACCGAGUACGUGUCGCUCAGCAAGUCAGAACUGCUGGACCACGAGAUCAUCACAUCCCCCAGCACCACUGUGCAAGAGCAGCAGGCGGUGCAAAAGGAGGCUGAUAAAGCCGUACAGCCAGCCUUCAAGACCGAGGUGGUGUGGCGUAAUGUGGCCGUGUUCGCCCUGCUGCAUUCCAUGGCCCUCUACGGCCUCUAUUUGAGCAUCACGAGCAAAGUCAAGUGGCAGACAGCCGUUUUCUCUGUCACGUGGGGAGUCUGCGCCGGCCUGGGUGUCACGGCCGGAGCGCACAGGCUCUGGUCUCACCGCUCGUACAAGGCCCGUUUCCCGCUGCGGGUAGUGCUUAUGAUCUUCAACUGCAUGGCUUGCCAGAACGACCUGUACGAGUGGACGCGUGACCACCGGGUGCACCACAAGUUUUCGGAGAGCAAUGCCGACCCUCACAACGUGAACCGGGGCUUCUUUUUCGCGCACGUGGGCUGGCUCAUGUGCAAGAAGCACCCGGACGUGAUGCGCAAGGGCAAGGCUGUGGACUGCUCGGACCUGCUCAAGGACCCCGUCAUUAGGUUCCAAAAGGCGUACUACGUACCUCUGACUACCUUCUUCUGCUUUUACCUGUCGACCGUGCUGCCGCACCACCUGUUCGGCGAGAGCUACUGGGUGGGCUUCUUUGUCGCCACCAUGCUGCGCUACGUGAUCUCGCUAAACUUCACCUGGCUCGUGAACAGCGCGGCCCACCUGUGGGGCAACCGACCUUACGACAAGAACAUUUCGCCAGCCGAGAACCGCUUCGUCUCGUGGGCUGCCAUCGGCGAAGGCUUCCACAACUACCACCACACGUUCCCCUGGGACUACUCGACCAGCGAGCUCGGGUGGAAGCUCAACUUCACCACGUUCUUCAUCGACACCAUGGCCAAGCUCGGGCUCGCCUACGACCUGAAGACGGUGCCUAAGGACGUAGUCGAGAAGAGGAAAGCCCGGACGGGCGAUCACAGCUACGACUACAUGAACGGGCACAAGCAGCACCACUGACGACGAACCGAUGUGCGCUUGGUCAGCCGGCCGAGCCCGCGUGAAAACGUUUGCGCGUUUGCCGCGUUGGUACGCGGGUUGCCAUGAUAUACUGUUCUCGCAUCGCGGUUGCUGUUUUUUUUUUCCGGCUGGUACUGCAACCUUGUUCGUCGACACAGGGCAUCAUCGGUAGCGACAAGACCUAUGUCUACUGGAGUGCCUACAUACACUCGUCAAGAGGAACAUGCUGCACCACUUUUGAUAUUUUGUUUGCAUUCAUUUCCGUCGUUAUCCCUUAGAUUAUAGCGAUGAACAGCGAAGCCCCAGCUGCAUGCUGUCUUCUAUGCAUGAAUCAGAUAUGCUGUGAUGAUGUGGUUGCUGUUAUUAAAUCGACCUGAACUGGAGUCAGAGGGGAACUUGUAUCAUGUCCACAAGACGGUAGCAUUGAAAGGUUUCUGAGAGGAGUGAGCUAUUUAUAAAAAAAGAGAGGACAGGCGGACGCAAUUUAUGAAAGUCAAAGGGGAGAAACACGAUCGGAACCAAUGACGCUUCUGCCUUAUGAACUGACAACAAGUGAGAACAGCAUUGAGCGAAGAGGUUGCAUAGGUAUUCAAACUUUGAUGGAACGAUUAUCUUGCAGGAUCAAAAACGUCCAACACUGAUACCACCUGAACGCUUUGAGCACCAUGCAAUAUGCUUGAGCACUACACCGUGAUAACUAAGCAUAGAAGACAGCGUGCUUAGGCAAAUUAUUUUUAUUUGUUUGUGCAUUUGUGUACGUGCUUAUCUAAACGUCGAGUAGUGCUUGUGCCGAUGGCAAAGGGUAUGCAACUGUUUAUUCUUGCUCAAAACUUCAUGAACAAAUGAAAGGACAUGAUUAAUGUCCUCAAUCUCACCUUUUUGAAAAACAGUAAAAGCUACUUAAUUGGAACUCGAAGAAGACUACAUAAUUAUUUGAAUUAAGCCGAGUUUGAAUUAGUGGGCGGGCGAUAGAAAGAACAGGCAUCGUGCCACACUGCGCUGACAGAACCUAAAGUAGCCACCUCUGGACUUGUUAUCGUGACUUAGGCGCUACCUUGUGUGUGGUAGGUGGUUUCAUGAAUCAGGUUCAUGGACAACAACAAGAAAAAAAAAAGAUUGAUCUGUCAGUGAUAUGCCAGUAAGUAGCUCCCAUGUGAGCAGUAAGCCAAUAAUGUCGAACUAUACUAAAACAAGCGUGCACAAAUAAAAAGAAUUCAGUAAUUUGGAUUUGCUUGUGGUUUUGUCACGACCUCAUGAGCAUCGUUUUCAGGUUGGGUCCACAGAGUAAGAAUUAUCCUGUGCAGAAAAAAGUUGCUGUUGUGUUGUUUUGCAUCUCUAGUAAAUUUGGUUUGGUUUGGUGUGGUUUUGCAACACAUUGUGAUCACUCAAGGCCUGCUUCUGCGAACAGCGAUGAAAACCAGUGGCUCCCAGUUCGAAUUAACCAUUGUGGACACCAACACGUUCAAAUUAUCCGGAGUUUUUUUCCAUAGAUAUACACAAGCCUGAACCAAAACCAGGGAUUCAGUUCAAAUUAACUAAAUUUAAAUUAACAGAGUUUCAACUAACGAGCUUUUACUGUAAAACCACACAUACACACAUGCGUGCACACGCAUGCAUGCCCACAAGUACACGCACAAUUUAAACAGAAAUAUAUAUCUGAACUUCUGAUACUGUAUUACGUCCUUGUUUACGAGUGCUAGCAAUUCAAGGCACAUUUGUUUGGCUAUAAACUCCGCUAGCUAUGCUUUUCUCGUUCUGUCUUUUGGCACAUUACUCCGCUCAUUCCUAUUGCCAAGCUUAUUCUAUUACGUGUAGCAUGACGUAUACCUUCUUAUCCUCUAGUUGCGUAAAUAGGCACACCAGGAAAUUGAAUAGGUAACAAUGCGUGCGUAAUCGUUAAACCCCUCCAAAAUUGUGAGGUAAGUGUCUUCUAUAUGCAGAACUAGAAUAAUGGCGCUUAGACUAGCAUUUAUAACGUGCAGCCCAAACUCACAAUUUUCCUGUUGUUCACGCUUUGUUGUUCGCCUUGUUAGCAGCUCUAGUUAUGUUCUCCUUUAUUCCUUCGCUCGCUCAGCCUGGCGCUUGUUAUUUUCAGCGUUUCCCUCUUAUUGUUGGGCAACGUUCUCUGAAAACGUGCGCAGCACUAUCGCGUGUUGUAAAUACAGUUGAUGCGUGAUUUACUGAACCAAGAUCAUAUGUUUGUACAUACCGAAAGUGUAUAAGAGCGGAGAAAUAGUUUGAAUUUUUGACUGUGCCUUGACGGGCUUGAAUGUGUAAAGAAAGCUUCACAGGGCGCUGAGCUGCUCACGUAAAGCCGAGGUCUGAAUAAAGAGAUAACAUUCA